CAUCUGUGGGGCCAUGGCUGGGCUGGGGGGGCUCCUUCUGCUGCUGCUGCUGAUGGCCCGGGGGGGGCACGGGGAAGACUACUGUGACCCCCACGAGUCCUGCGAGGAGUGUGUGAGCGCUCACCCCCAGUGCGCCUGGUGCGAGGAGACGCACCCCCCAGAGCCCCUUCAGCCCCACGGCCGCGGCUCCGACCCAGACGGGACGCAGCAACUGCGGCCAUCGCGCGUCCAACUGCGACUGCGGCCCAGGGAGGAGCAGAGCUUCCAGGUGCGGUUCCGCCGGGCACAGGACCGCCCUGUGGACAUCUACUACCUGAUGGACCUCUCCUACUCCAUGCGCGAUGACCUGGAGAACGUCCGCAAGUUGGGCAGUGACCUCCUGGCGGCUCUGCGCAACGUCACCACCUCCGUCCGCAUCGGUGGGGACACGAGGGGUGAUCCUGGGAUGGAAGAUGGACGGAUGGGUUUCGGCUCCUUCGUGGACAAACCGGUGCUCCCCUUUGUCAGCACAGUGCCCUCGCGGCUGCGCAACCCCUGUCCGGAGCAGCCCGAGCCCUGCGCGCCCCCCACCGCCUUCCACCACGUCCUGUCCCUCACUGAUGACGCCGAGGAGUUCGCCAAGAGCGUCAGCCGCCAGCGUGUCUCCGGCAACUUGGACGCGGCUGAGGGUGGCUUUGAGGCCAUCAUGCAGGUGGCCGUCUGCCAGGAGCGCAUCGGCUGGCGCCGUGCCACCCGCCUGCUGGUCUUCGCCUCGGACGACGUCUUCCACUCAUCGGGGGACGGGAAGUUGGGCGGCAUCGUCCUCCCCAGCGACUCCCGCUGCCACCUCGAUGCCGGCGGCCGCUACACCAAAAGCCACAUCUACGACUACCCCUCCGUGGGGCACUUGGCUGAGGUGCUCUCGGCCGCCAACAUCCAUCCCAUCUUUGCCGUCACCGCUCCCACCGUCCCCACGUACCGGGAGCUGAGCCGCCUGAUCCCCAAAUCCGUGGUGGGAGAACUUCGAGAUGACUCCAGCAACGUGGUGCAACUCAUCGCCGACGCCUACGACAGCCUCUCCUCCACGGUGGAGCUGCGGCAUUCGCCGCUGCCGCCCGACGUCACCCUCACCUACGAGUCCCAUUGUGGGGACCCCCCCGACCCCCCCUCAGCGCUCGGGGGGCGCUGCACCCGCGUCGCCAUCGACCAGGAGGUGAGGUUCACGGUGCGGGUGCGCGCGGACGCCUGCCUGAGCUCGGGGGCGCGUGUGGGGCUGAGGGUGUUGGGGGUCCCGGAGGAGCUGAGCCUGGAGCUGAGCCCCCGCUGCGGCUGCCCCUGCGCUCAGCGCCGGCCCCGCACCCCCCUCUGCCAUGGGGGGGACCUCGACUGCGGUGUGUGCAGGUGCCCCAGUGGCCGCGGGGGUCUGCGCUGCGAGUUGGAGGUCUCGGCCGGGGGGAGGUCCUUGGGAUACAGCGCCCCCCCCAACAGCAGCCGCCCCCCCUGCGGCAGCUGCCAGAGACACCGGGGGCUGAUCUGCGGAGGGCCUCAGCGUGGCGAGUGCAUCUGUGGGAUCUGCCGCUGCCACGGUGGCUACCGUGGGCCCCACUGUGGCCACUGCCCCUCCUGCCGCCCCCCGUGCCACCGCCUGCGGCCAUGUGCGGAGUGCGUGGCGCUGGGCCGGGGGGCGCUGCCGGAGAGCUGCAGCCGGGGGUGUCCCCCCAACACCACCCGCGCCCCCGCCCCCCCCACCGACCCCCGAGAAUGGUGCCGCGGCCGCAGCCACGACGGGCGGGAGCUGCUCUUCCUCAUCCAGGGGGGAGAGGAGGAUGAGGGGGGGGUCACCCUCACCGUCUGGGCCGAGGAGGGGGGGGCCCUGGGGGGGCCCUGGACGGUGGCCGUGUUGGUGGCCGCGCCAGUGGUUUUUGGGGUGCUGGUGUUGGGGCUUUGUCGCCUCAGCCUCCAACUUCACGCACGACGAGAUUUCAGGCGCUUCCAGCAGCGCCGCCACCACCAUUGUCAACCCCCGGUACCAGCCCGGCUGAGGGGACCCCAUCGGGACCCCCCCAAAAUCUCUGGGGUCCCCCCCGGGACCCCCACCCAAUCCCUGGGGACCCCUAAAACUCCUCCCCAAGGCUGUGGACCCCCCAUAUCUUUAUGGACCCCCAUUAUCCCUGGGGACCCCCCACCCCCAAUUACUGGGGAUCCCUAAAACUCCUCCGUAUCCUUGGGGACCCCCCAUAUCUCCAGGGACCCCCAUAUCCCUGGGGACCUCCCCCCCCCCCCAAUUACUGGGGAUCCCUAAAUCCCAUCCUUGGGGACCCCCUAUAUCUCCAGAGACCCCCAUAUCCCUGGGGACCCCCCACCCCCAAUUA